AUGGCUGUACCACGGCCUCAACCACUGUCAUUGGAACCACGGCAACAAACCUCCUCGUACUGGCUUGCCCAGAUCCAACGACAGGGGACUGUAGCUUUCGGCAAUGACCCGAACUACAAAAUCUUCCGCAACGUGAAAGACUAUGGUGCAGUUGGUGACGGUGUGACCGAUGAUACAAGUGCCAUCAACAAUGCCGUUACCGACGGGGCAAGAUGUGGCCAAGGCUGCGACAGCUCGACCACUGUCCCUGCCAUUGUCUACUUCCCACCCGGAAAAUACGCAGUCUCGGCUCCCAUCAUCCAAUACUACUACACACAAUUCGUGGGUGACGCAGUGGACGUCCCAACCAUCGUGGCCAUGGCCAAUUUCGAAGGCCUUGCCGUUCUCGAUACCGACCCAUACAUUCCUGGAGGAAAUGGAGCCCAGUGGUACACCAAUCAAAACAAUUUCUAUCGUCAGAUUCGGAACUUCAUCAUCGAUACUACACAAAUGCCUGAGGAUCAGGGUGCUGGCAUUCACUGGCAAGUGGCACAAGCCACCAGCCUGCAGAAUAUCGUUUUCAACAUGGCCCCGAAGAGCCCAACCAACAAGCAACAGGGUAUCUUCAUGGACAACGGAUCUGGCGGCUUCAUGUCCGACCUCGUUUUCAACGGCGGAAACUAUGGCGCCUUCCUCGGCAAUCAGCAAUUCACCUCUCGGAAUAUGACCUUCAACGACUGCAACACAGCGAUUCUCAUGAACUGGAACUGGCUAUGGACAUUCAAAUCGCUUAACAUCAACGGUUGCGACAUUGGCAUUGAUAUGUCCAACUUGGCUAAUGGUGUUAACCAGACUGUUGGAUCUGUGAUUGUCCUGGACAGCGUUAUGGCAAACACCCCUGUGGGAAUCAAGACUUCUUAUAACCAAACAAGUCAACCCACGACUGCAGGUACACUGGCUCUGCAAAACGUCGACUUCAGCAGCACUUCGAAGGCCAUUGUCGGUGCAAAUGGUGUCGACCAAAUACUUGCUGGAGGAAGUGUCGUAGCAUCUUGGGGUCAAGGUGAUGCUUAUCGACCUGUCGCUGGGAGCCAAUAUGGCAAACGACAACCACAAGCUGUACCAAGCUCGUCGUCAUCAGAAUGCGCCAUGUCUACUACGACAACGACUGUAACACUGUCCCAAACAGCGGACCAAUCGAUGACGACUGCCACCGUAACAGUCUCAGCUCUACCGUCAUCCAGCGUCAGUGCAUCGCCAAUGGCACCUCCCAACUUCACCGCGGUAGGCAACUAUUCUGCAGUCGUAGCCAACUACUCUGUAGCGACUGCAAUAGCGUCCGCUUCGUCCUCGUCAAGAGUGUGUCAAACUUCCCCGGUCUCCCUCCAGUCAUCGCGAGUGCAACAGGCUUUGACCGCUCCGACUCUACCCGCAUCUCUCAUGAAUGGUAACGCAAUAUUCGAGCGAUCCAAGCCUCAAUAUGAGGACGUCCCUGCGUCGUCAUUCACCAGUGUCAAGUCUGCUGGGGCGAAAGGAGAUGGUGUUACUGAUGAUACGGCGACACUGCAGAGCAUCUUCAACAGUGCGACUGAAGGCCAAAUUAUCUACUUCGACCAUGGUGCAUACAUCGUGACCGACACCCUACAGAUUCCCAAAAACAUCAAGAUCACUGGGGAGAUUUGGCCUUUGAUCAUGGCCAAAGGUGACGCUUUCACUGAUAUCAAUAAUCCAAAGCCAGUGCUACAGGUCGGUUUGCCAGGCGACACCGGCUCUGUAGAAAUUUCGGAUCUGAUCUUUGAAACCAUGGGCGCUCUGCCGGGUGCUAUCAUGAUGGAGUGGAAUGUCGCCGAGGAGUCUCAAGGAUCCUGUGGCAUGUGGGACGCCCAUUUCAGAGUUGGAGGAACUGCUGGUACUCAGCUGCAGCAGGACACUUGUCAGGCCAACGUGACUGGGUCGUUCCAGUUCAAACCGGAGUGUGCCGGAUCAUUUUUGAUGAUGCACGUCACUCAGCAAGCAACUGCGUACCUGGAAAAUGUGUGGUUUUGGGUUGCUGAUCACGAGCUUGAUAUCGCCACACACAACCAAACCGACAUCUUCAACGGCCGAGGACUGCUGGUCGAAAGCCAGGGCCCCAGCUGGUUCUAUGGCACCUCUUCGGAGCACAGCCAGCUGUACAACUACCAAUUCUCGAAUGCCCAGGACAUUUUUAUGGGUGCGAUCCAGACAGAGACUGCAUACAUGCAAGCCAGUCCGGACGCUCUCAAUGGAGGAUUCCCACCCAACGCAGCUUUCACGGAUCCAACAUUUGCCGACUGCACCACAGAAUCAUGCAAGAAGACAUGGGGUUUGCGCAUUGUCGAUUCGAGUGAUAUCUACAUGUAUGGCGCCGGGCUUUACAGCUUCUUUGACAACUACAUUCAGACCUGUCUUGACACUGAAUCCUGUCAAGAGAACAUGGUCGAUAUCCAGUGCUCGACCAAUGUGAAUCUGUUUGGAUUGACAACCAAGGCGUCAACCAACAUGGUCAAUGUUGACGGGACUCCAGAGAUUUUCCAGAAGGACCACACCAACUUGUUCGGUCAGACCUUGAUGCUUUUCCAAACAUAA